GGCGUGGCCGGGAAGCGGCGCUGGGAGCGAUGGCUCUGAGCAGCAGCAUGAGCCAUAGGUUCUAGCUGAUGCCCAGGCCUCACUGUAAUGAUGCCGUCAAGAACGAAUCUCUCUGCUGGGAUUCCCAGUAGCAAAGUCAAAUAUUCCAAGCUCGCCAGCACUGAUGAUGGAUAUAUUGACCUGCAGUUCAAGAAGAGCCCACCAAAAAUCCCCUACAAGGCGAUUGCAUUGGCUGUUGUGCUCUUCAUGAUUGGAACUUUUCUCAUUAUCAUCGGAGCCCUCCUCUUGGCAGGAUACAUUAGCAAAGGCGGAACAGACCGUGCCAUCCCUGUGCUCAUCAUUGGGAUCCUCGUAUUCCUCCCAGGCUUCUACCACCUGCGCAUUGCAUAUUAUGCUUCCAAAGGCUACCGGGGCUAUUCCUAUGAUGAUAUCCCAGAUUUUGAUGACUGAAUAAUGUUCCGGACAGCAUUAUCAUUAGAAUAGAAAUCCAGAGUCUGCUCCGUUCAGCGUUGUCUUCACUUACACCGUACUCCAGAAGAAGAAGGAAAGCUAUCACAGCUGGUGACCUACAAACUGCCUUUUCUCAGGCUCCUUUCUCCUCUUAGGCAGCUGUGGAAAUACCAGGGGGUUUGUUUUCAUUUUGUGUAAUCCAGUAGAGAUAUGUCUAUUUAUUGUCCAUGUAUAUGUUCCAUGCUGGGUUGUUCUAAACUCCUGAACACCACCUGUGGGAUCCAUAGGAAAUACUGUUAAUGUGAUUAAGGCAAACAUCUUUUUUAUUUUUCUUUUUUAUUAUUAUUUUUAAAAAAUUUUCUGGCUUUUUUUUUUUUUACUGCAUAAGAUAGGCAGUUGGAAAAUUCCUACAGAUCCCAGUUCCAAAACAACCAUCUCUGGAUAUAACCGGAUUUGAGGUUGUAAUUUACUCUUUUGGAGAUCCUGUAUUCAGAUCAGUGACUCAUGUCCAAAUGGAGGUGAUGUUUCAGUUUAAACUGGGAAUUUUGAGUAAACAGAGGAGAUGCCAGCCAAAAAGACUUCAGAAUUUAAAUUUAUGCCAGUAAUCUACGCACUGCAUCUCAAGAAAGCCCUGACCUUCUGUAGUCCUGUCCUUACCACUUUAUUUUUACAGACCCAUGAAGAAACAAACAAAGUCAAACUGGCAUGCUUAGGGAACAUACUCAUUAGUUACCUGGACUAUCACAGUAAUAUUGUGUUCUCUGGCUGCAGGGAAGGACACCCAGCUCAGCAGACUUCUAUUUUCACAUGGGCACAACCUCAUCACAAAAUCAAGUCCCUACUUGCAUGCUACUGUUGAGGUGUUCCAGUGAUUCAGAGCUGGCAAAAAUCACAACAGACUAUUCGCUCAUGUAUUCCCUACUUGUUACUACUGUGAUUACAUUAAUACUGUAAUAUUUAUCCUGCAUUAUGAAAGCAAGCGUAAUGACCGAUUAGCACAAACCACAAUGGGAGGAAUCAGGACUACAGGACUGUUGAUCUUAGCUGAGGAACUGAGCAUUUUCAGAGUACUUAUAGGAAUUUAGGAAGUUAGGGCAAUUAGAAGAGGGAUUCAGGAGAUGUAUUUUAGAUGGACAGGUAUUUCACACUGGUUUAACUGGGACAACAGACAAGCAUUCUGUGGCGACUUGGUGUCUGGAUGCAGCAACACUUCACCUGUUCAGGCAAAUUCAGGUGAGCUCUGAGGACCUCACAUCUCUUCCCUUCUGAUAAUCUCCUAGAUUACAUAUAAAGGAAAACUGCAAAAGGAAGGUCACCCCUUUAAGAUCUCCAAGAUCUGCACAUUACAUGAUUAAUGGCUGCUAAUUUUCCUUUAUACUUGCUGUUGUUAUGAAGGACAUGCAAAUGCAUAUCCUGUAUCUCUGCUCCCUCCAGCUUGUUUAUGGUCCCAUGAAUCACUCAGGCUGAUAGUGUUUAUAAAGUCCUCAUUUUAAUUAUGAAGAAUGAUACAUGCCAAUAAUCCCAGCAAGACAAUUUACACUUCAGCAGGAGGGUAGUGUGACCAUACCAAGUGGGCUCCAGCUCCAUAACCCAUAGAAAUGUCAGGGUAUUUUCUGAAAUUUGACAACACAGAAAUCCACCUGGAAGGUAAUUUGUCUAUUUCACAGGAACAAAGGCCUGAGAGUGCUUUUGCUGGGUUUGAGCCCCUGGAUCCAGGGAAUCUAAUGGUGUCCAACUCAAUUUUUAGAGCACUAAAUCCAUGUUUAUCAUCCUUC